GCCUUUUUCAUGCCACUCUUGUGAAAAAAGCUUCUAUCGAAAGGAUAAUUUGAACAUUCACUUGUAAAGUCAUAGAUCGGAGGCCUUGCCUUAAAAUACCUUGCUGCUGAAAUAAAUAAACAAAAUUUGAUUGAUUGAAGCCAAACCUGUAGAAAGAUUUUCUACAGAGGCCACAUGGGUGAGAUGGAUGUUUCACAUGAAAUAUUGGGUAAAAAGUUUUAUUCCUUGCUGGUAAACUGGAUUUCCAAAUAAUAGAAAGACACAAAAACUGAAAAUAAGUAAUUUAACUCACACAAAGUUAUAAUAAAUAUUUGGACAUUUCUUGGAUUGUUUCCACUUUGCAAAACAUUAGACCCUCACCUAAUUUUUUAGAUACCCAUCAUUGGAUUUUUAAAAUUUUUAUUGCGGAGUAUAUCUGAAAUUUCCUAAAGAAUAUUAAAAAUAUUCAACUGGUUUUGAAGUUGAAAUGUUAUGGUGCUAUGCCACUUGGCAUGCUACUAGCUGAUACUUGCAAAGCAGCCAAAUCCUAAAGCAGCAUUCAUGUUCUCUUUCUGCUAAUUGGCUGUACCCUGGAUAGCAGACUAGGAAAAUAUCUGAUGUUAUGUUUCUGCCGCUGUGCCAAGAUGAUUUCUACUCAUAUUUGUUGUUUGAAUUGUUAAAAUAGACUUUGUUUUUUUUUUACACCAUUUUAGUUUCUCAAGUACUCUCAGGUAUUAAAGAAUGAUGGGAUUAUAACGAACUAAGACCUUCAGGGUAGUAGUUCUCUGUAAACGUUUAUUUUGUUUUAAAUCAGUUUAACUUUAUGUGAAUUUUAAAUGGAUCAAAGUUUCAGUUUUGAGGUAUGACCACCAACUUCUGUUUCCUCCACUUCAUUUCCCUCACUGGUCAGGCUGAUUGUAAUACUUUAUCUAAAUGCAUUGUGGUUUUACUGAUCUACUGAUUUUUCUUGUUUUAAUUAAUUAGAUUUUAAGUUAUUUUUCAGUAUUCCACUUCCUUUUAUCAUAUUUCAUUAAUAUGAUUUGAUCCCCAGUUUAUCACUAAAUGUCUUUUCUAUCCGUAGCUAAAUUCCAUGUCAGUUGUUGGAGAAAAGGUAGUUUGAAUUAAUUCCUUCAGAGGUAACUUUCAGGUUUGACUUUUGGUUCCAGCGAUACUGGAAUUAAUUCUGCGAUUCAACAAAAUAAACUAAUUUCAUUAGUAAGAAAAACAUUUUUUUUCAUAGUUAAUACUGAUGCUAAUUUUGAUUCCUAAAAUUGCUACUCUGCUGAUUCUCAGCGAUGACUUGAUGCCCAACCAACUGCAGAGCCUAAUGUGAAAAUCAAACAAAACUUUAUUCAAAUAAUAAUGUGAUCAGUUGAAGGAAAUUCUUAAAAUGUGGCAUUUUUUAUUGUUUCGUACAAAAUUCCAAGAUGGCAAAUUCCUUGUAUGAUCAAAUAUAUUAUUGAUCAAUAUCUAGAGAGGCUAAACUUCCCUAAAACAGACAAUGACGUAGAUCAGGUGUGUCAAUCUCCAGUCCUCAAUGGCAUCUGUCCUGCAACUUUUAGAUGUCCAUGUGACGUAGAUGCUUACUGCACAUUUUAACUAGAUUGACUCUGUGGACUGAUGCUGCCCCCUUGUGGCACGAUUUGCUAUUAAACCAGCAGUAAGUUUCUGUUUCCAGAAAGCACAAAGUUACGUCAUCCAGAUGAAAAAUGCAUGUUACAAAAAAACUGAAGUUUGUCAGGAGUGCCUCAUUUGAUGCUAUAGAAGAGAUCUCUGGUUUCACCUUCAUUUACAAAGAACACUCCUUACAUUUACAAAAGAGAAACAUUUCAGUACAGUGAAGUUUGAAAAAUCUCUUGAAUUUCUGAGAUGUAUGAGGAGACAAUUUUCAAGCUGGAAAAAGUUUACAACUUCUCCCUCUUCUUCAUGCUCAAACAUGCGUUGAAACUGGGUGGAACCAACAUCUGCUGAAGGUGAAAGCUGAUUGGCUGCAGCCUCUCUACAAUGAGACAUGAGUCAUAUAUCAGAGCUUCAACCUGUUUUUGGUUUCAGGAAAUGAAACUCACAGUCACUGUGACUGAGAGCAGAAAUGGAGCAGAAUCAGUUGGACCGAGAAACUUUCUCCUGUUCGAUCUGUUUGGAUCUACUGAAGGAUCCGGUGACGAUUCCCUGUGGACACAGCUACUGUAUGAGCUGUAUUAAAACUUUCUGGGACAAAGGUGAGCAGAAGAAAAGCUACCACUGCCCUCAAUGCAGGCACUCAUUCACACAAAAGCCUUUUCUACAGAAGAGCACCAUCGUAGCAGCUUUAGUAGAGCAGCUGAAGAAGACUGGAUUCCAAGCUGCUCCUGCUAAUCACUGCUAUGCUGGACAUGAAGAUGUGGCCUGUGAUUUCUGCACUGGGAGAAAACUGAAGGCCAUCAAGUCCUGUUUAGUUUGUUUGGUCUCUUAUUGUGAGAAACACCUUCAGCCUCAUUAUGAUGAGCCUCAGUUAAAGAAGCAUAAGCUGGUGGAGCCGUCCAAGAACCUCCAGGAGACCAUCUGCUCUCAGCAUGGUAAGGUGAUUGAUAUCUUUUGCCAUACUGAUCAGAAGUGUAUCUGUUAUCUCUGCUCUGUGGAUGAACAUAAAGGUCAUGAGACAGUGUCAGCUGCAGCAGAAAGGACUGAGAGGCAGAGAGAGCUGGAGGAGAGACGAGGAAACAUCCAGCAGAGAAUCCAGGACAGAGAGAAAGAUGUGAAGCBGCUUHADCAGGAGGUGGAGGCCAUCAAUCACUCUGCUGAUAAAACAGUGGAGGACAGUGAGAAGAUCUUCACUGAGCUGAUCCGUCUCCUCCAGAAAAGAAGCUCUGAUGUGAAGCAGCAGAUCAGAUCCCAGCAGGAAACUGAAGUGAGUCGAGUCAAAGAUGUUCAGGAGAAGCUGGAGCAGGAGAUCAGUGAGCUGAAGAGGAAAGACGCUGAGCUGGAGCAGCUCUCACACACAGAGGAUCACAACCAGUUUCUCCUCAACUACCCCUCACUGCCAGCACUCAGGGAGUCGACACACUCAUCCAGCAUCAACAUCCGUCCUCUGAGACACUUUGAGGACGUGACAGCAGCUGUGUCAGAGCUCAGAGACAAACUACAGGAYGUCCUGAGAGACUCAUGGACAAACAUCUCACUGAUGGUCACUGAGGUGGGUGUUUUACUGCCAGAACCAGAACCAAAGACCAGAGCUGGAUUCUUAAAGCAUUCAUGUAAAAUCACUCUGGAUCCCAACACAGCACAAAUGCAAGUGUUAUUGUCAGAGGGGAAUAGCAAGGUGACAUGGAUGGAUCAACCUCAGUCUUAUUCUAGUCAUCCAGGCAGAUUCACUAAUUACUGGCAGGUUCUGAGUAAAGAGAGUCUGACUGGACGUCGUUACUGGGAGGUGGAGUGGAGCGGGAUACAGGUUCUUAUAGCAGUUGCAUACAAGGAUAUCAGCAGAGGAGGGGAUGAAUCUUCAUUUGGUGGUAAUGAGGAAUCCUGGGCAUUAGCAUGUUGCAAAUAUGGUUAUGAAUUCGGUCACAACAACAUCUGGACCUCCACCCGAGGUCCUUGUUCCUCCAGAGUCGGAGUGUACCUGGACCACAGUGCAGGUAUUCUGUCCUUCUACAGAGUCUCUAAAACCAUGACUCUGAUCCACAGAGUCCAGAACAGAUUCACUCAGCCGCUACAUGCUGGAGUUUAUGUAUCAUUGGAGUCAACUGUUAAAUUCUGUAAACCCAAAUAGAGAGAAUCCAAUUCAUCCUGCUGCCAUUUAGUUCUGA